AUUGCAACUUUCAAGGAACCAGGGGAACUCAUCCGGUGGUCUGAUUUACAAGCCGCCUGCAAAACCACCCUUAUUCCUUCAGAAUCCCGGAUUUCGUAAUCGUGAUGAAGGUGACGAUGAUGAUGAGCAUACUACCAAGUAGAGCUCCUGGAAGAUCAGGGAGGCGGCAUACUGGAUUGGUCAAGCCGAGGCUGCUCAGGAAGCACGCGGCUUAUCAUGGCUAGCUCAGCAGAACUUGAUAUCACCGUUUGCCUCUCGCGGUGGAGGCCGUCUUUUUUUGAGAUCCAUCACGAUCACGAAGUCAACAUUAUUUACGGAGGCUUUGGCGGCAUGUGCACCAGAUGCAUCCGUCGUAGCCACUGGAGCCUGAACUCAGCUAGGGUUCAUCGCCCCGUCAAGGUUCCUCAUUCGGGUUUUGUUCGCACUCUUGCCUCGCUCCUAUGCUUCGCUGAAGAUUGUCUGGAACGGAUACCAUUAUGGGGAAGUAUCGGAAGUUGGGGACUACCCUCGUUUCUGUCGGGUUUUACUUUACGGCCUUGCCUUGGGAGGAGUAUCUAUACCGUAUGCUACAGUACCACCUGAGAAACCCUCCAUGGAGACACACACACACACACACACACACACACACACACACACACACACCC